GCUGGCCGGCCGUGAGAACCUACUGACUGACCUUACGACGAAAAACCGCUACCGGUUACUUUAGGGCGCCUUUCGGAUUACUUAGAGUUGGUCGAGGGGUAAGGAAGCCGAGAGAAGGGAAGGUAUGGCGGCUGAGCUGGAACAAGAGCCUGAUCUGAACAAAGCGCCUCCUCAUUUGGAAGGCUACCUGCUGAAGCAGAGACAGUCCAGCGUGCUCAAGAAAGGCUGGAAAAAGUUUUUCUUCAUCGUAAUUGAAGACCAUCUGAAGUACUAUAGAAAGAAGGAAGAUUAUGAAGCGGGAAAAGAACCUAUUUCACUUAUGAGACUCUCACAG